UUGGCUGCUAUAUGAAACAUGUCUAUUUUUUCCUCUAAUUAUUUCUAUUUUAACUAAUAUCUUACUCAUUUUUAAAGUACAUGAUGAUUUGUUGUUGACUUGCAUACAAAAGAAGAGAAGUUUAUUUACUAUGUGUAGUUCUUAUUUGUGUGAACUCUUAAUCAUUUUCUAUUUAUUUCAGGUUCUUCAUAACAUUGCUAUUGCAGAAUACUUUCACUGGAAUAUGCUACGAAACCUUGCUGGCAUCUAUUAUGAACAAAGUCAACUUGACAUGGCAAUUCUGCAUUACAAGCAAGCUAUCAACUGUGAUUCUACCUUUAUUGAAGCUUACAAUAAUCUGGGGAAUGCUCUCAAAGAUGCUGGACAUGUGGAAGAGGCUAUCAACUUCUAUAGGUCAUGCCUUGCUUUACAACCUAACCAUCCACAAGCAUUGUCAAGCCUUGGCAGCAUAUACAUGGACUGUGUUGCUGCAUCAUUCUAUAAGGCAACUUUAGCAGUUACAACAGGGAUAUCUGCGCCCUUCAACAACUUGGCUAUUAUAUACAAGCAACAGGUAGAGUACUAUAUCUGCCUUUUUCAUCGCUAGUUUGAGAGUUACUGCAUAUUGCCUCAUUUAAUGGAAGAAAGUCAUAUAA